CAUUAUCAUUAUCAUUAUCAUUAUUAAAUCAAAAAAAACAUGGAUAUUCUCGAAGUCUUGGAACAUGCCUUGUUCAAUGGUGAUCCAAAUAAAAGAACUCAAGCAGAAUUACAAUUAAAUGAAGCUGCCAAUAAUUAUUUUGAAGAAUUUAUUGGAUUAUUAGUUGAUACAUUAAUUAAUCAAGAUGCUAAAACUCAAGUAAGAAUGUUAGCUGGGAUUUUUUUAAAGAAUCAAUUAACUUCAAAAGAUACUAAAACAAGAAUGGCUCAAUAUGCUCGUUGGAUUAAUUUAAAUAUUGAUUCUAAAACUAAAAUUAAAACAAAAGCUUUACAAGCUUUAGAAACUGAAGAUGAAAAAGUUGCUGGAUCAGCUGCUCAAGUUGUUGCUGCUAUUGCUGAUAUUGAACUUCCAAGAAAUGAAUGGCCUGAAUUAAUUCCAACCAUUAUAAAUAAUACUAAACCUGAAAAUAAAACAAAUAUUAAAAAGGCAAGUCAUUUAGCUAUAGGUUAUAUUUGUGAAAGUGCUGAUCCAACUAAUCCUGCAAUAAUUGCUCAAGCAAGUGGAAUUCUUAUUGCUAUUGUUCAAGGAGUUCAAAGUUCUGAACCAAAAGUUGUUAGAUUAACUGCUUUAAAUGCUUUAGUAAAUUCAUUAGAAUUUAUUAGAAAUAAUUUUGAAAAUGAAGGUGAAAGAAAUUAUAUUAUGCAAGUAGUUUGUGAAGCAACUCAAGCUGAUGAUCCUGAAUUACAAGCAAGUGCCUUUGGAUGUCUUUCAAGAAUAAUGGCAACUUAUUAUAAAUAUAUGUCACUUUAUAUGGAAAAGGCAUUAUAUGGUUUAACAGUUUCAGGUAUGAAAAGUACUGAUGAAAAUGUUAGUUGUAUGGCAAUUGAAUUUUGGUCAACAAUUUGUGAAGAAGAAAUUGAAUCAGCAUUACUUAGACAAGAUGCAGAAAUUAAUUCUAUUGAAGUAACUAAUUCACCUGAUUAUAUGAAUUAUAAUUUUGCAUUUGUAGCUAUUAAUGAAGUUUUACCAACUUUAUUAACUUUAUUAACAAGACAACAUGAAGAUCCAGAAGAUGAUGAUUGGUCAGUAGCUAUGGCUGCGGGUUCAUGUUUAUCAUUAUAUGCUAAUAAUGUUCAAAAUUAUGUGGUUGAACCAACUUUACUAUUUGUUACAACUAAUAUUAAGCUGGAAAAUUGGAGAGAAAGAGAAGCAUCAGUUAUGGCUUUUGGCUCAAUUCUUGAAGGACCAGAUCAUGAACAAUUACGUUCAAUUGCAAAUCAAGCUUUACAACCAAUUUUACAAUUAAUUAAUGAUGAAUCUUUACAAGUUAAAGAAACUGUAACUUGGUGUUUAGGUAGAAUAAGUGAUUUACUUAUUGAAGCAAUUGAUCUUGAUACUCAAUUACCACUUUUAUUACAAGCAAUAAUUGUUGGUUUACAAGAUCAUCCUAAAGUUUCAACUAAUUGUUGUUGGACAAUUAUGAAUUUAUGGGAACAAUUAUGUGAAAUUGGAAGUUCAACUAGUAUUUUAUCACCAUAUUAUCCAAAUAUUGUUCCAAUUUUAAUUGGUUUAACCAAUAAAGAAGAUAAUGAAUUUAGUUCAAGAACUUCUGCAUUUGAAGCACUUUCAGCUUUAGUAACUUAUAGUGCUAAUGAUACUAUUGCUAUUGUUCAAAAUAUUGCUAAUGAUUCAUUAUUAAGAUUAGAUAAUACUAUUAAUUUACAAAGUCAAAUUAGUACUGCUGAAGAUCGAGGUAAUCUUGAAGAAUUACAAAGUAAUAUAUUAGAUUUAUUAACAAAAAUUAUUAGAAGAUUAAGUGAAGAUGUUAUUGGAGUUUCUGAAAGUUUAUUAUCAAUAUUUUUUAAAGUUUUAAAUGCUCAAGAACCAAAUUCAUUAAUUGAAGAAGAUAUAUUUAUUGCAAUUUCUGCUGUAGCAGAAGCAAUUAAAGUUGAAUUUGUUCAAUAUAUGGAAGUAUUUUUACCUUAUUUAAAUAAAGCAUUACAAAAUACUGAAUCAAAUGUUUGUAAUACAGCUAUUGGUUUAGUAGCCGAUUUAGCUCAAGCUUUAGGUAAUCAACUUGUUCCAUAUUUAGAAGGUUUAAUGACAAUUUUAGGAGCAAAUUUAAAUAAUUCUGAUAUUCGCCCUGAAUUACGUCCAUCAAUUUUAUCAUGUUUUGGAGAUAUUGCAUCAUCAAUUGGAUCAAAUUUUAGUGUUUAUGCUGAUUUUGUUAUUAGAAUUUGUGAUGUUGCAUCACAAAUUGAACCAGAAAAUCAAUCUGUUGAUGCAUUAGAAUAUGUUGUUUCAGUUAAAGAAUCAGUAUUAGUAUGUUAUAUGGGAAUUGUUCAAGGUUUAAGUAAUGAACCUCAAUUAAUUUAUCCUCAUGUUGCAACUAUAUUUGCAUUUAUUCAAAGAGUUAGUCUUGAUUAUACUCUUGCAACUCUUGAUUCAGCUUGUCGAUCUGCUACUGGAUUACUUGGUGAUAUUGCUGCUGUAUUCCCUAAUGGUGAAUUUAAAGAAGUUUAUGCUCAACAAUGGGUAACAGAUUUUAUUAAAAAGACAAGAUCCAAUCCAAUAUUCGAACAAAAAACUAAAGAUGCUGCUAGGUGGGCUAGAGAUCAACAAAAGAGACAACUUAGUCUUGGCUAAAGUUAAAAAUCUCUAGCAUAUUCUCAUCUGCAUCUGCAUCUCCAUCUCCAUCUCCAUGCUCCAUCUUCAUCUCUCAUCUCUUCUUUCCUGUUUAUUUAUUCGUUUGAUUUCCAUUGUUCCCUCGGUUGAUAUUUAAAUACUGGAUUCACUUUUAUGUUAGUUUAACAAACAUCUCUGGCCUCUAAUUCUUAAUACUCUAAUACUCUUUCGUCAUCUCUUCCUCCCUCCCUCCCUCCCUCAUAUAUACCACAUCUGUAUAUAAUUCAUCUCUAGAUAUUGCUCAUAUAUAACUCUCACGCCUUUUUUACGUACUCUUUAAUUUCUUCUUUUCCCUCUUAUUUAUAUACUCAUAAAUAUACAUUCCAUCCUAUAAC